CUGCAUGGUCAACGCACUAGUCUCAAAUAAUCAAAUGGAAAACACUGAAUAGCAAAAAUUCACUUGAUUUUUCGCCAAAAUGCCAAAGAGCCUUUUAAGAGAGAGAUAAAAAGGCUAUAAAAUCAUCUUUUGGGGGUUAUGCAACUUGUUUUCUUCUUUCUCUCAGGUUGCAAGCGGGAUAAAGACGGCUAUUACUGGAUCACAGGAAGAAUAGACGACAUGCUGAAUGUGUCAGGCCACCUGAUGAGCACGGCGGAGGUGGAGGCGGCGCUGACGGAGCACCCGGCAGUGGCGGAGGCUGCGGUGGUGAGUCGGCCUCACGCGGUGAAGGGAGAGUGUCUGUACUGCUUCGUCACCCUGAAGCACAGCCGGGAGUUCAACCACACGCUGCAGGACGAGCUCAAGAGACUGGUGAGAGAGAAAAUUGGACCAAUCGCCACGCCGGACUUCAUUCAAAACGCUCCAGCACUCCCGAAGACUCGCUCAGGAAAGAUCAUGAGGCGAAUCCUCCGGCAGAUCGCCCGCAACGAGAAGGACCUGGGCGACCUCUCCACCCUGGCCGACCCCAAGGUGGUGGAGGAGCUGUUCAGCCAGAGAUGUGAAGCUGCAGCCUGAACACCUUCCUCCUCCUCCUCCUCCUCCCCCUCCUCAUGCAAUGCAACGAUGAAGACCAUCGCAAUCUGCUGCUUCUAGAUCAGCGUCUGUCCACUCUAUGGGACUGAAUUAAAGGGCUGGGAUCAGAUACUGAGGCGUUUAAAUUUGUUUUAUGUAGAUAAAAGAAAGUAGAAUGACGAGUAGUCAAAGAGGCAUUAAUGUAAACG